AUGGACGCGGGCAACGGCACGGGCUGGCCGGCGGGGCUGCACGCGGUGCUGCGCGCCCUCAACCACACGCUGUGCGGCGGCGGCGGCGCCGGCGGCGAGCGCGCCGUGGCGGCGGUGGCCACGGGCACGACGCGGAGCCCGGCGCCGGCGCGCGGCGCCCGCGGCGCCCGCCACGACAACGCCUACAUGUACGUCCUCUUCGUCAUGACGCUCUUCGCCGCCACCGUGGGCAGCCUCAUCCUGGGCUACACGCGCUCGCGCCGCGUGGACAAGCGCUCCGACCCCUACCACGUCUACAUCAAGAACCGCGUCUCCAUGAUCUGAGGCACGGCGCCGGCACGCGCUUCCCCAACGGAGAGCGCCCGCGCCGGCGGCUCCGGAGCAUCCCGACGCGCUGGGAUGAU